UGUCUCCCGAAACCCAAACUCGGAGACUUUAAAAAACCCAAAAUGUAGGAUUAGGAAACGCUUUUCUGCAAGGGAAAUCGCCGGAACGCACAGCCGUUCGAUAAAGUUGUUUCCUAACCCUUGUCGAAUCCCGGUUUAGACGUCGUGUUUACUCUAUAAAUAGCCUUCUCGUGUUCUGAGAGAUACACAUAAAUUUUUAUUUUCCUCUCUCUGGGCAAUUUGAACCGUGUUUUUCUCCUCAGAAAUUCCUCCUGCUAGAAUUAGGGUUGCAUCUAUCCUUCUGUUAGCAGUCAUGGAUAUGGAUUUAUCAGAGAAUCAAAUGAUUUUUCGACCACUUUCAGCUGAACAAAUUGCUAUCAACGAGAAGAAAAUGAACAUGACUUUGGAUGAUAUUAUCAAGAUUUCCAGAAAAACUGCUGGUUCUGACCCCAGAAAACCAAGGCCAUAUUUGAACAGAAGGAAGAACGUUCCAACCGUUGCUGGGAAUUUUUCCAACGUAUUGAGUUUGAGGGAAUCUAAACCGUCUAUGAAACAUAACACAAGGCAGAAGUUUCCUGGUGCUACUUUAAGGAAUUCUACAAGUGUUUGGAGUCGUUUGAAGGUUUCUAAACCUUCUGUCAGACAGGGUUUGCCUACUCAAAGAUAUGUGAACCUCCAAGACAAUCAGUAUAUCGUAAGAGCGAUUGCCACUAAUGUGCAACCAGCUACAACUCAUACCAGGCCUCUAAUCCGCAACAAGAUGCCCAAUUUGGGCAACUCAAGGGCUGGGAUUACACCUGUUCAGAAAAGGAGAUUUGCUGAAAAGAAGAAAGAGAUGAAGUGGCAGAAGCAGGGUUACAGCGCUCAGAAAUUUGGCUUUUGUGCUUAUGCCAAGAAGAAAGUUGUGCCUCAUCCCACAGAAUCUUACCAGUACUGAAGCGUGUUUGGUGGCGGGGAUAUGAACAAAUUCGUCUUCUGUAGCAUGACACCAUCUGCUGACUCACUCAACAGCCAGACUAGAUGUAAAACAAGAAAAAAAAUACUUUAUCGAAGAGUAGUUUUGGUUGAUUCGUUUGAUAUGUACGAAUUCUAUUUUCUAUAU